AUUAAUUAAAAAAAAAAAUUAAAGAAGAUGAAGGAGUGCAGCAGGGGUGGGGUGUCUGUAAUAUAUCUUGUGGUCUUAAUAUUAUUAUUAGGUUUGGGAGUGGGAGAGGGCAAAGGGUAUAAUAGUAAUAACGGAGGAGAAGAUGGGAUGGUGAAGAUCAAUGGGACCCAGAUGAGGUUGAAUGGGAGCCCAUUUUAUUGGAAUGGUUUCAAUGCUUACUGGUUAAUGGUAAUGGCGGCCUACGACGACCCUACAAAAGUGAGGACUGUAUUCGAACAGGCCAGAAGCCAUGGCCUAACUGUUGCUAGGACUUGGGCUUUCAGUGAUGGUGGAGACCUUCCACUGCAGAUCUCACCUGGUGUUUACAAUGAAACCAUGUUUCAGGCGCUGGAUUACGUGAUGUCGGAGGCCGGAAAUCAGUCGAUAAAGCUGGUCUUAAGCUUGGUAAACAAUUGGGGUCCUUACGGAGGCAAACAACAAUAUGUGAAUUGGGUUCACCCUAAUAACUCCACCGCCGAUCUAUUCUUCAAUGAUUCUCGAGUCAAACAACUCUACCAGAACCACAUCAAGGCUGUUCUUACGAGGAACAACAGCAUAAGUGGGGUGAUGUACAAGGACGACCCCACCAUUAUGGCUUGGGAGCUCAUUAAUGAACCCAGAUGCCAGUCUGAUUUAUCAGGAAGCACCUUUCAAGAUUGGAUCAAAGAAAUGGCUGCUUUCUUGAAAGGCAUUGAUAAGAAACAUCUUCUAGAAAUUGGACUCGAGGGCUUUUAUGGCAAAGCAGAUGACGCCAAAAAUCAAGCAGGGGCUAAUGGCACAUUUCAAUAUGGGACUGACUUCAUUUCUAACAAUCAAAUUCCCGAUAUCGAUUUCGCAACUGUUCAUGUAUAUCCAGAUGAUUGGUUAAAUGGAACAGACGAAGCAACGAAACUCUCAUUUUUGAGGAAUUGGACCAAAGUCCACAUUGAAGAUGCGCAGAAGAUUCUCGGGAAGCCUAUUGUGGUAGCGGAGUUCGGGAAGGACAGAAAAGAUCCCGGGUACACCGUGGAAAAGAGGAACGAGGUGUUUGCCACCGUCUACGAUGCGAUUUACGAUUCUGCCAAAGGCGGCGGGGCGGCGGCCGGCGGGAUGUUCUGGCAGCUGUUCACGGAAAGAAUGGACUCCUACGGAGACGGAAACGAGAUCAUCUUCAGCAGAGACGCCUCGACAACCGGUGCCAUCAUCGACCAGCAGUCGGAGCGGAUGGGGAAACUUCGGUUGGGGGUGGGAGGGAGCAAAGGGUAUAAUGGUAAAAACGAAGGAGGAGAUGGCGGGAUGGUGAGGGUCAAUGGGACCCAGAUGGUGUUGGAUAAUGGGAGCCCAUUUUACUGGAACGGUUUCAAUGCUUACUGGUUAAUGGUAAUGGCGGCCUACGACGACCCUACAAAAGUGAGUGCUGUAUUCGAACAGGCCAGAAGCCAUGGCCUCACUGUGGCUAGGGCUUUGGCUUUCAGUGAUGGUGGAGAUUUUCCAUUGCAGUCCUCACCUGGUGUUUACAAUGAAAAGACGUUUCAGGGGUUGGAUUUUGUGAUAAGUGAGGCUAGGAAGUACGGCAUAAAGCUGAUAUUAAGCUUGGUAAACAAUUACCCCGAUUUCGGAGGAAAGCAACAAUAUGUGAACUGGGUACAUCCCCACACCAAUUCCCCACCCGAUCUAUUCUUCACCGAUCCCCAAGUCAAACAAUAUUACAUGAAUCAUGUCAAGGUUUGCAUUCUAUUCAUACCUACUACGGCCUUGUUUGGGAACAGCGUUAGAGAUUAGCGUUAACGCUUUGGAUAAAAUUUUAAUGGUGUAGAUUAAUAUUGAAAACGCUAUCGAUAAAGGCUAGCGUUGAAUAACUAACCUUUUCAAAA